AUGGUAACAGCCCGGCUUGCUCCUGGGCCAAGCAGCAGAUGCUCCUUUCAAGGAGUUCCCAGUGCCCCCGGCCCCGAGGCAGAACUUCAUUCCGGCUCGCACUCACGCCAGGCCGUCAAGGAAACAACUUCCGGCCUGCCCAUCCCCGGCUGCCUGCCCCGGGGCGGCAGGGCGGAGGCAUACACGGAGUAUCUGAGGAGUAUCCACUACAUCUCCCAGGUGUUACUGGAGGAAGUAGAGACAACUAAAGAGGUGGGGGAAGCCGUGCUUCCUGACACACCAAAGAUGCUGAAGCUGGCCGAACAGUGUCUGGAGAGGGCCCAGUCAACAGCCACCAAACUCGGGAAAAUGCGCUUGAAGCCAGCCACGCCCGUGGCUCCUCCAGCCCCUUUGCCUACCAGCCGCCACCGCCGGGUGUGUUCAGAUGAAGGAGGGAAGCUUUCUCCUUUCCUGCCGCCAGAGAUCUUCCAGAAGAUGCAGGUGGCAGAGUCACAAACCUCUAAGAAGGAGCUGACACCGCUGGAAGAAGCCUCACUGCAGAACCAGAAGCUGAAGGCCACAUACGAGGCUAGGAUGGCCCGUCUGGAUCCCCGCCAAGCUACGCAGAAGACUGCGCUGACCCUGUCUCUUCAGCGGCAGAUGAUGGAGAAUCUGGUGAUCGCCAAAGCCCGGGAGGAAACACUCCAGCGGAAGAUGGAGGAGCGCCGCCUUCGGCUCCAGGAGGCUGCCAACAGGCGGUUCUGCAGUCAGGUUGCUCUGACUCCAGAGGAGCGGGAACAGCGCGCCCUCUACGCAGCUAUACUGGAGUACGAGCAGGACCAUGACUGGCCAAGGCAGUGGCGAGCCAAGCUCAAGAGGAGCCCAGGGGACCUGUCGCUGGUGACCAGCCUGGUCUCCCACCUGCUCAGUCUUCCCGACCACCCAAUCUCACAGCUCCUAAAGAAGCUCCAGUGUGCGGUGUAUGGUGCUCUGUACUCCAUUGUGAGCCAGACUGCCAUCAGUGCUGCAUCUGCUCCAGGCUGCUGCUCCUUGCCCCCAGACACCAACAGACUGCUGGCUCCCGGAAGCCGGCGGCUCCGGUCCUCCCAGAGUCUUUACUGCAUGCUGUCCCCACCAGAGCCCAGCACAGCCCCAAAGCCACAGGAUGGACCCCCUGCUCCCCCCUCCACUCCCCAGCUUCACCCUGGUCCCCUGGAGAGAGGGGUAGACAGUAGCAGGCCUCCCUCACCCCUGGUGGACACCUCGCCAUGCCUGCCAGACAAGGACAGCUCCUUUGAGGACCUGGAACGGUUUCUGGCUACAUCUGAGAGGUGGGGCCGGAGCCCCGGGAGCCACCCUGAGCCACAGACCCCAGGAGCAAAGAGGGAACCCGUGCUGGAACGCCUGAAGAGCACCGUGAAGGACAUUCACAAUGCCAUUGACAGGCUGCUCUCCCUGACCCUUCUGGCCUUCGAAAGCCUGAACACAGCUGCCUCCAAGGACCGCUGCCUGGCCUGCAUUGAAGAACCCUUCUUCUCCCCGCUGUGGCCCAUGCUGCUUGCCCUCUACAGGAGUGUGCACUACGCACAGGAGGCUGCCCUGAGCAGGAGCAUGGAGCUCUACAGGAACGCACCCCCUACCACCCUUGGCAUCCCCACCAAGCUCCUCCCCCAGGACUCUGAGGCCAGGGGGGGCAGCACCUACCCCUACUGCACUGCAGCCCAGGAGCUGGGCCUGCUGGUCCUGGAGAGCUGCCCCCAGAAGAAGCUGGAGUGCAUCGUACGGACCCUGCGGGUCAUCUGCAUCUGUGCAGAAGACUACUGCCGCACCCAGGAGGCCAGGCCAGAGGCGGGACUCCAGCCCCACGCGGCUGCCAUUGGUGCUGAUGACCUGCUACCAAUCCUGUCCUUUGUGGUGCUAAGGAGCGGCCUACCCCAGCUGGUGUCAGAGUGUGCAGCCCUGGAGGAAUUCACCCAUGAGGGGUACCUGAUUGGAGAGGAGGGCUACUGCCUGACUUCACUGCAGAGUGCCCUGAGCUACGUGGAGCUGCUGGCCCAGGGGGGCCUGGGCAGGUAGUGGAGUCCAGAACCCAAAGGCGCCAGGGACUCCUGAGGACUACCUGUUCCGCACAGCUGGCACUGGGACACUACGGGGAAGUUAGCCCUGGCUCCCUUCCUAACCCGAGGCCUGGGGCCACCCUGGGCGCCUCCCAACAGCACAGGACUGAGCUUCCAGUGCCCGCUGUGCU